AUGGGAGACAGCCACGGCGCUCCCGUCGCAAGGGCGACUUCGGAUUCCCUAUCCCAAGAGCAAAUCGACAUCGUCAUCGCCCUCGAAAGAGUCGGGGCUUCGUUGUCAUUGGUCGGCGUCACCUUGAUAUUCAUCACCUACUACGCCUUCAAGCGCCUUCGGACAGUCCCCAAUCUCUUCAUCCUCAUGGCUUCAAUCGCGAACGUUGGUGCAAGUGUUGCCUGUGCAAUGGGAUACGACGGCCUUCGUGCCGGCGAAACCUCCGCCUUGUGCCAGCUUCAGGGUUUCCUGCUUGAAAUGUUCAUGCAAUCGGAUCCUUGGUGGUCUUUUGCUAUGGCCAUCAACGUCUUCCUUGUUUUCUUCGCCGGCGCAAACCCUUCUUCAUUCCGCAAACACCUCUGGGUUUACUGUCUUGUCUGUUUCGGCAUUCCUCUAAUUCCUGCUCUCUCUCUUCUUCUUCUGAGGCCCGACGGGCCAGACGACUUGAUCUACGGCGAUUCCACACUAUGGUGCUGGAUCAACAACAAAUGGAGUGUCCUUCGCAUUUACACCUACUACAUACCUAUUUGGUGCUGCAUCUUCGGCUCCUGUGUCAUUUACUUUGCCGUCGGCUAUCAUGUAUUCCAUCAACGCAACCAGCUCCGAAACUUGACCUUCAGCAACCCGGCUAGAGACAACAAAGACCUCUCGUGCUCGGAUGAACGAGACUCUGCAGAAAAGGUAGCUCAACUGUCACUAACUCCCAAUGAUUGGCCUCUCGUUGACACAUAUCAGAAUCUCACAAGUCGCACCGAGUUCUACGGCACCGCUAUGACGGAGAUACAAAUUACUACCGUCACCCCAAGACCUUGGACACCACCAGCGAUCCCUCAAUCGGCAAUGACACCAGACUUGCCAUCCAAUCAGCAAACUCGACACGAGCGUUCAUGGCGCACAAGUGACGAGCAUGAUGCCCCGCCGAGCAGUCCACAGUUCGAAACGACGUGUACUUCAAGUCCACCUCCACCGGAACCGAGACGCUCCAUCUUCCAUCGCGUUAAUUCCGUCAAUGAGAAGUUUUCGGCUCGUCUCCGAAGCCUCGACCCUGUCAAGCUCGCAUACUUACGAACGAGUUUCAUCUUUGCCAUUUCGGUUUUCGUUACCUGGACGCCGAGCUCCAUCAACCGGGUUUACAACCUCAUCAAGCCUAACGACAUCAGCUUCGGCCUGAGUGUCGCGAGCGCUACGGUUCUACCGCUUCAAGGUGUGUGGAAUGCCGUCAUUUUCUUCAUGACCACCAAGUCUACUUUCAAAGAGGAGUGGGCGGACAUGAGACACCGGCAACAGGCACGGCGACUCCACAGCAACUGCGACAGUCGUCUUGGCGGGAGGAGAAUCGAGGUCCUGAGGACCGAACACCAUGGCCGAUUCAUAUGCAAUCGAUAUGGUCAUUCCAAAGCCCAUGGGAGCGACCAGACUAGUGAGCUGGAGCUGACAGCACCACCGGCUGUUGGGACCGUUCGUGCCAUGCGGGGAUCGUUUAGUGUAUGA